AUGGCCGUGCCGCAGGUUGCCGCUGCUGCCGAGGGAGAUGAAGCAGCGGGCGAUAAUGACGUCAACACGGCGGAUGACUCGCUCUCUUCAGACCUUGACUCCAAUUCAAUGGCUGCCACAAGGUUGUCCUUCAAGUCUUCGAGAGUGCGCGCUGCGGCGGAGGCGGCGGCGGCGGUGAACGUGGCGUUUGGGCGGCGGUUGCGCGUGUACGUAUACGAUCUGCCGCGGGAGUUUAACUACGGCAUGGUGGAGCUCUUCUCGCGCAACCGAGACAUCGCCAUUCCCGAUGGCGUCGACCCUCCCCCCUAUCCCGCACAUCAGCACAGUGGCGAGUGGUGGCUACUGCGAGACCUCCUUAAACCAGAGCAUGAGCGGCGCAACUCCCCGGCAGUGCGGGUGACGGACCCGUCAGACGCGGACGUGUUCUUCGUGCCCGUCUUCUCGUCGCUCAGCCUCGUCGUCAACCCGCUGGGGCUCGUGCGCAACUACCAGCUGCGCGCCGAUGCGUGGGACGACAAGGCCAUGCAGGAGCGCCUCAUGGACUGGCUCGAGCGCCAGGAGCCGUGGCGCAGGAGCCGCGGCCGCGACCAUGUCAUCCCCGCGCAGGACCCGAACUCGCUGUUCACAGUGCUGACGCGGCUGCGGCGGGCGAUGCUGCUGGUGUCGGACUUUGGGCGGGUGGCGGCGUGGCAGGCGAACCUGAUGAAGGACGUGGUGGUGCCGUACGUGCACCGCGUGUCCACCUACUCGCCCAAGGACGAGGACGACGACCGCCGCCGCGGCGUGCACGGCAACAGGACCACGCUGCUCUUCUUCAUGGGCAACCGAUACCGCAAGGACGGAGGGGCGGUGCGCGACGCGCUGUUCAAGUCGCUGGAGCAGGAGGCGGACAUGAUACUCAGGGAGGGCACGCCCACUGUGGAGGGCCGACGAGCCACACGGGCGGGCAUGCGCACGUCGCAGUUCUGCCUGCAUCCAGCAGGCGACACGCCGUCGGCGUGUCGCAUGUUUGACGCCAUUGUGAACCUGUGUGUGCCCGUGGUGGUCAGCGACGACAUCGAGCUGCCCUUCGAAGACGUCUUGGACUACCGCGACGACAUCGAGCUGCCCUUUGAAGACGUGCUCGACUACCGGGAGUUUGCGGUGUUUGUACCGACGGUGAAGGCGGUGAGGAAGGGGUAUCUGGGCAAGCUGCUGAGGGGUCGCAAGAUGCAGAGCCGCCUGCCAGCCAUGCAGCAGCGCCUGCGAGAGGUGCGGCACUUCUUUGAGUGGGAUGCGGAGGAUGGCACAGUGAACCAGGUGUGGCGGCGAGUAGCAGCCAAGCUGCCAGCCAUCCGCGAGAUGAUCCACAGGGAGAGGCGCAUGGUGCGAGGGGGGCUUAGCAACUGCUCCAUGGUGUGUGCAGCCCGCAGCAUCGACGUCAACACCAGCAGCACUGGCAGCGGCGGGAGUGGCGCUGGUGGCGCCGGCGGCGGUAAUGGGAAUAGCACUAGCAGCGGCAACGGUUCUGAUGCCAUGACAAGCUCUACACAGGCAGAGACUGCGGUGCCGUCUCUGUCAGCUCCUGCCACUGCUCUGCCUGCAUCAUCAACAUUGUCCUCUCUGUCUUCACCUUCAUCUGGUUAUGAUGUGGGCUCUGUAUCGGCCCCAUCGGUCUCCGCCCCCUCAAAUUCUUUUCUCUCAUCUUUCUCAAUGAAGACGCGGGUGUCCAAUCAAAGUAGUAGCAAUGGCGAAGUUGGGGACGGUGGUGGGGAUGACGGUGGGGAUGGUGGAGGGGAUGGUGCCGGGGAUGCCAGUGAAGACAGCAGUUCUGUGGAGGAGGAGUAA